AUGGCCCGAGUCCCUGGACGUCAAUCAUCCCUCCCUCCACUCCACCACUCAACAACAACCCGCUGCUGGCCGUCCGUCGGCCAUGUUCCAUACCUAGGGUGCCGCAACCGAACUUUCAACCUCCCCCGGGUUCAAAGGCUGGCUGUGCUCGCUACCUUGAUCAUCGGCCAUCCUCCGAGCCCACGAAGGCCCAAAACUCUUGACUAG